CGUCAUUGCGUUAGUUUGUGGGUUCCCCGGGUUCAAACAGCUCACAAUCCGCCCGAUGAAGUAUAACGUUGAAAGCAAACAGGUGAAUUAAACACUCUUGUCGAGACAACCGCACCGUUAAGACAGACAUUGGCCGUUGAUCCGCGCGACGACAACGACGACGACGACGAAUACCUGCAAUACCGAAAUCCGGAUUCCGUAACUGCAGCUCAAAUCGCGGGGUGUGAUCUUCCGCAGUUCCGCGCGACUCGGGAUCCCGUUCUGUAUAGUGUUCUACUGAGUGCCUCAGAAUAGCCUGGGGGAAUUGAUGGUAGUGACCCAGCCUAACCGGGAGUGAAUAAGGGAGAAUUGACACGAAGAGAAUAAAAGUUGAGAGUGAGAGCCGAGAACGGCAACUCAGUUCUGAAGUGUGAAAGCGAAAGUGAUUGGCUAACUGGAUUGAGCACCGGGAAGAACCAGUUGAAGAACGAACGAAAACUUGACCGCAUUUAAGCCGGCUGUUUAGCAGCUUCCGACGGAAGCCUGGAUUGAAAGUGAAAAAAGUGUGAAACUAAUUGGAUUGAGCUAGUGGAGUGGAUCCCGAGUUGGUGGGUUUUUUUUAACAAGACUAACGGAUUUUGCUGUGCGGAGUGUUUUUGGAAGAAGACAAGCUACUGGAUAUCUAGUUCGGGAGAACAUCUUUUUCAAACAGAUUCGGCAGUCCAAGAUUGAACGAUGCGGUUGACGAGGUUAUUCUACACGACGUUACUAAUUGGCAUAUUACAGAUAACGGCAGGCGACGAUCAGGUGGAGGUGGUCAAAGCCAUCAGUCCCGAUGAGGUUGAAACGCGCGAGAACGAUCCGGACCAGGUGGCGCUGGAAUCGGUAGACCAGGACCAUCCGGGGGCGUCCUCUUCGGUGCACUCGUUCCCGCAGCACAUUCCGCUGUCGAUCGGGCUGGGACCGGGGCCACAGUCGCAUGGACCGGGGCCGGCAGGGCCACAUGGGCCGAUCCUUGGCCAUGGACCGAGCAGGGGUAUCCCUCACGGUCACGGUCAACUGUAUGGUCCUCCGCCGCCGCCGCCACCCCAACAACAGCAGCUCCCAUCGGCUCACGCCUAUCAUGGCCCACCCCCACCGCUGCCACCGCCGAAACUUCAACCGACCAACGAGCUGGCCCCGGAGAAACUCUACGGCGCUCCCCUCGCUGGGAACGACCUGUGGUCUUCUCCGCUCCAGGACAUGCCCAAGAUCGUUUCGCUGGAUGUGAAAUGUGAAAAGCAAGGCAUGAAAGUGUUCGUCCAGUUCGACAAACCAUUCUUCGGUAUCAUCUUCUCCAAGGGCCACUACAGUAACAUCAACUGCGUCCAUCUGCCCGCCGGAUUGGGUAAGAGUUCGGCUACCUUUGACAUCGGAAUUCAUGAGUGUGGAACCGCUGGAAAUACCGAUAAUGCACUGUACAACGGCUAUUCAGGAACGGAGUCGGGUGCGGGAUCUUACUUCGAGAACAUCAUUGUGCUGCAGUACGAUCCACAAGUGCAGGAAGUUUGGGAUCAAGCCAGGAAACUGCGAUGCACAUGGCACGAUCAGUACGAGAAGAGCGUAACGUUCCGGCCGUUCCCAGUAGAUAUGUUGGAUGUGAUCAGAGCAGACUUUGCCGGAGAUAACGUAGGCUGCUGGAUGCAGAUCCAGGUUGGAAAGGGACCAUGGGCUUCAGAGGUGUCUGGAUUGGUGAAGAUCGGCCAAACGAUGACGAUGGUGUUGGCCAUUAAGGAUGACGACAGCAAGUUUGAUAUGCUGGUGAGAAAUUGCAUGGCUCAUGACGGUAAACGAGCUCCAAUUCAGUUGGUGGAUCAACGUGGAUGCGUGACUCGUCCGAAGCUUAUGUCUCGGUUUACGAAGAUCAAGAACUUUGGAGCAAGUGCUUCGGUACUGUCUUACGCCCACUUCCAGGCUUUCAAGUUCCCUGAUUCGAUGGAGGUUCACUUCCAAUGUACGAUCCAAAUCUGUCGUUACCAAUGCCCUGAGCAAUGUACCGAUCCAGGAAUCUUGGAUGUUCAUCACUUGUCCGGAGGACCUGAACAUCAGCAGUACGGACCUCCACCACCACCUCCACAAUCACUUGAUGCUCACGUUUUUGCCAACCGUAAACGAGACGAUCGCCGCAUCCGUCGUACUCGUGCCGCCGGAGAACCGGAAGAGAAGGAAGAUGUCGGAAUGAAGCGUAUUAUCCGGGUUGUGUCACCGGGAGAUCUGACCUUCCCAAUCGGCAGCCAGAACAGCACCAACGAUUCGACCAUGAUCUUCCCAGCCAGAGAAGAGGGACUAAUCUGCAUGACGACUCCAGGUUUUACGGUAACGAUCGUUGUCCUGUUGUCGAUCUUGCUUGCUUCAUGCGUAACGUCUGCCUUCCUGUGUAUAAGACUGAAGCCGUUCUCGUUCUCAUCGCGCAAGGAGCGAGCGGUUGCCUUCACCAAUCCGCACCUCAGUCCGUCUACGGCCUCGAUCGUGUCCAGCGGUUCAAGCUCAAUGGUCAGUGGUACGCUAAAGUCCACAAAAUCAGUCAAGUCGAGGAAUUUCUACUCGUAGGUAGCAGCUGAACUGAACUUUACGUAGCAAACACAAGCACACAUACACGCAAACACUGCAGACACAAUAGUUAACACUAAUCAAGCUAACACACGUAUACAAACACAUAACUCUUAAUAUCUGUAAGUACAAGUUUCUUAGUGUUCAAUGCACACAACUCAUCCGUCUUUAAUUAGUCACAACAGAACAAUAGAACACAAUAGGCCAGAGAAAAAUAAAACUGAACGAAUGUCGGUGCUUUGAGAUUGUUUCUUCUGCGGCUUUGUAAAGCUGAGCUGGUAGCUGAUUUGUAAACAAACGCAAGCUAGAAAAACAAAACUAAAUCGUAAUUGUUAUACUCUAUUUAUUUUAGAUAGAUCUAGUUCAGUCAAAUGCUAGCCACAAGCAAACCAGAUUCGGUAUUGUCCUUUGAAGUGAAUUGUUUUCGUUAAGUUUUUGUGUUGAUCCAACACGCAUUGUUUCGUUGAAUUCUUGAAAUUAUUAUCGUUGAUGAUGGUUACUGUUCGGUUUGACAAAACAAAAAUCGCAAAGGACGCGCUAUUAAAUAGAACAAAGUUCAUCAAAGCAGGCGGGGAACAACGAAUCGAAAAAUUCCAGUAGUAGGCUAGGUGUUAAGUUUGCUAAGCGAAUAUCUGGACAGGCGGAAGGCUUUCUUUCGGGCAUCGUGGAAAAGGGGACGAUUAUGCGCGUUGGCAAACAUUCACGUGAGCUGGUAGCGACAAAAAGAAAGGAAGAGCCGACUGCCAGAAAUGGGUCGCCAUAUUUAUUUUUAAUUAUCUUUUAAAGAAAAUGCUGUCGGGCAGCGGAGCGCCUCUGGCUUUUGAUAUACUUCUUUUAUUUAUGUUUGCUAAAGUAUUUUUUAAAUGUAGGGUGUCUUCUUUAACGUAUUUCUUUCAUUCACUCAUUCAACCAAUUCCAAUGGUUCCACUUUGCGAACCCCCCGUUUUCCCCCAAUGGAAACCGAAAGCCCGCGGGUUACUUCGAUCGGGAGAAACUAAACACUUUACAGCUCGUAAAAGCCCCCACUAUCUCAGGUUGCUGCGUGCAUUGUCUGCAGCAAAAUAUUUAAUCAUUGAAACUAAAACAAACAAAAUUUCGAGAAAAUCAAACAGGCAUUCCCUCGUAAGCACCGUCACAUCGUGGAACCAUUGAAAGCGAGAAAUGCAACCUGUAAGCACGUACACGCGAGUAUACUCUAAUCGAACCCCCUCAUCCUUUAUUUAUUUAUUCCACUUAUUUUAAUCACAUACGUACGCAACUAUGCCUUAUUUAUUGAAUUAACUCAAAACCGAACUAAAACUUACAUUCGUAUAAUGCUUCGUUCACUAUACUCUGCUAAGCUAACAGCCGUGGAAUAAGGUCACAUUUUAAAAAUGUGGUCUCUCCAUUCGGGAGUAAAUACUAUCGCCCUAACUAUCUAAGCUCAAUCCCCACUUCCAAAUCAUAAGAAACCUUGUCAUCCCUAACUUGUUCCCAAACCCAUUUUAGUUUAAUGCUCUAAUGAUAUUUAUUACAUAGUAUGUAAGGUCCCUCAUAUCCCGUCUGUAACGCGAACAAACGAAAAUUCUCGAAAAACUAUGAGCUAUUUAUUUAGUGCACUGUUUUCUGCUAUCUUUCUGACAUUAGUAAUAGAAAUAUAUAAGCAAUUAUAUAUUUGUGCGAGUAAAAUGUAUCAUAUUCAUACUCUUAUAAACACGUGCUAGC